GAGGCGACUGCCGGGCAGUUUCUCUGUGCUCGUUUGGGUGUUAGUCGUUGGGUUGCUCUCUUUUCCCUUUCCCUUCUCUUUCCACUUACUAUGGCUCGUACGAAGCAGACCGCUCGUAAGUCUACGGGUGGCAAGGCGCCCCGUAAGCAGCUGGCUACUAAGGCUGCUCGCAAGAGUGCCCCUGCCACCGGCGGCGUGAAGAAGCCUCACCGCUACCGGCCCGGCACUGUGGCCCUGCGAGAGAUCCGUCGCUACCAGAAGUCUACCGAGCUGCUCAUCCGCAAGUUGCCCUUCCAGCGGCUGGUGCGCGAAAUCGCGCAGGACUUCAAGACUGAUCUUCGCUUCCAGAGUUCGGCCGUGAUGGCUCUGCAGGAGGCGAGCGAAGCUUAUCUAGUGGGGCUGUUCGAGGACACGAAUCUGUGCGCCAUCCACGCUAAGCGCGUAACGAUUAUGCCCAAAGAUAUCCAGCUGGCUCGCCGCAUUCGCGGGGAGAGAGCUUGAAACCUUCCAAGCCUAAGUAACCAAAGGCUCUUUUUAGAGCCA